CGUGGUGGACGGCUGGCUGGCGGGAGGGACAGAGAAUGGCUGGGAGAGCUGCCCGGGGUGGUGUGAGGUCCCUGGAGGCCUUUGAUUUUGGCAGCACUGCUGAUAUUAUUCAACUAAUACCUCAGGAUUUAUUUGCUGAGCUGUGUGAACGAAUUAUUCAGCAUCUUAAUUGUCAGAUUCCAGGUGUCAAUACAGUAGAACUAUGUCAGAAAUUUCAAGCAGCUGGAGUUGAAAUGAAUGUUGCUGACCUGGCAAAGAUAAUUAAUGUUGUUUCUUUUUUAUUCAGCACAGCUGCCAAAAACAACCUCUCUGUGGAAGAACUGUCCACUGGCAUGGGUAAUGCGAUCAAUAUGCUGCCAAAACAUGCAGUUCAAGUAAUUCGUCACCUAUGGAAUGAAAAAGGUAGUUCUAUCAGUGUGUCGGAAGAUGCUAGAAACAUGGCAACAAUGGGACAGGUUAUAGAUAUCCAAUGGAAACUGGGAAUGGCAGUGAGCUCUGACAGCUGCAGAUCUCUUAAGUACCCUUACAUUACAAUUACACUUAAAGUGGCACAGCCUUCAGGCCAGAUAAUGAGCAAGUGUCUUGAAAUGACAAUACCACAGUUCCAGGACUUCUUCAGACAUUUUAAGGAUAUGGCAGCUGUUCUUGAGACUGUUUGAGCAUAAAACUGCUAAAAAAAAAUACUUACUUCAAAGACAUGCUUUACUUGAUCCAAUUAAGCCUUCCUAUCUUGCACAAGUAAUUAAGUGUCAAUGUUUAUGUAAGAGGUGAAGGUAUUUCCUGAGAGACUAAUUUCUUGAGAAGCUGAGUGCGGUUGAGCUGAGAUUUCUGGAAGAAGGGAUUGAUUGCCUGAACACUGUAUGUAAUUACCUGUUAAAGGACUAUUGUGCAGCUGUAAAUAAAGCAAGUUACAUUUGCAAUA